AUGGCGGCUGAUUUAGCUAUUCUGAUCAUUGUAACUCUGUGCUCUUGGAAUAAGACUGCUCCAGAGAAACCACCUGGGCCUGAGUCUCAUACUGUGAAACUGCUGACCAGUUUAAACUUAGGAGACAGCAUCAAGAAAAACAGGACUCAACAACUACGGGCCACUGUCUGUGGUCACCAACUGGGACAAAGCUCUUCUGCAGAGGAGCUAGUAUUGAUCACAGCCCUGGUGCCAAUAGAGAAAACCUCUGGGACUUGCCUGGUUUUCAAUGCAGCCCCUAAAAUCCUGCCCUCCAGCCAACCACCCACAUCCUGCUUAGAGGAAGAGAAAGGAGAUACAGUGAACACACAUGCUGUUGAGAGUUCCAAGCCAGAAGAAGAAUGUUAUGAUAUCUGGAGCCAUGAGGGCCUUAUUCUCACCAAACUACUUACUAUGGAGGAACAUGUUUUGUGUGGUUCCAGACUUCUCUACUUCAGCUGCUUUCUCCUCUUCUUCUGUGGCUUCCUAUGCUGCUUUGCAGCAAUCUGUAGCCAUCCACGUUGGGACACACCUUGGCAGAGGACCCAUAUGUAAACUCAAUGGCUUCAGGCUGCGCUUUGCUUAAAGGUCUGUGAUUCAUGUUCUGUAGGCUCAUCUGGGCCCCU